GUUAGCACGCUUGACUGAAGCCCAUUUAUUGAUUGGCCCCUGUGCCAGACUUGAGGACUCCCCCUCCUCACAUUGCACAGACAAAUAUACACUCCUCCCUCCCUUUCAUGAAUCCAACUUAGUACUGAGGAGCACAGGCGCACAGAGAAGGCUACAGGCGGACCGGGCGCAUAGAUUGACCCAAAGAGGAGCACAAACCUCUUCUGCAGACUUCAUGAAGUCAUGGAGGGUUCAACAGCUUGCAAACUACUGCUGGUGACGGCUAUUCUUAUCAUGAGCUCCCGGACGGCCCGCUCGGAAGAGGACAGAGACACUCUGUGGGACGCCUGGGGCUCGUGGAGCGAAUGUUCCCGUACGUGCGGAGGAGGAGCGUCGUAUUCCCUGAGACGAUGCCUCACUUCCAAGACCUGCGAAGGGCAGAAUAUCAAAUAUCGCACAUGCAGUAAUGUGGACUGUCCUCUGGAUGCCGGAGACUUCCGGGCUCAACAGUGUUCAGCCCACGCAGACGUUCGCUACCAGGGCCAGUAUCACGAGUGGCUGCCCGUGUAUAAUGACCCAGACAACCCGUGCGCCCUCAAGUGCAAAUCCAAGGGCUCGGGGCUGCUGGUGGAGUUGGCGCCCAAGGUUCUCGAUGGGACACGCUGCUACACUGAGUCCUUAGACAUGUGCAUCAGUGGGCUGUGCCAGAUUGUGGGCUGCGAUCACGAGUUGGGGAGUGCGGCAAAAGAGGACAACUGCGGCGUGUGCAGUGGCGACGGCUCCUCGUGCAGGCUGGUGCGAGGGCAAUACAAAUCCCAGCAUGCCUCGGGAAAAACGGAGGACGCCAUUGUCGUCAUCCCGUUCAACAGUCGACAUGUGCGUCUUAUCUUGAAAGGCCCGGAUCACUUGUAUGUGGAGAGUAAGACUCUGCAAGGGGUGAAAGGCCAACGUAUCUUGGAGAAAACAGGGCAGUACCAACUGGAAAACACUACCUUGGACUACCAGAAAGUGUCCGACAAGGAAGUCCUGAGAAUUCCCGGGCCACUUGGGGCUGAUUUCACCAUACAAAUCCAGUUUGCAAGUGGACCAGACAGCGUCGUCCAGUACAUAUUCUACCAGCCCAUCAUACACCGUUGGAGGGAAACGGACUUCUUCCCUUGCUCUGUAACAUGUGGCGGUGGGUACCAGCUGACAUCGGCAGAGUGCUUCGACCUGCGAAGCGGCCGAGUGGUGGUAGACCAGUACUGCCAUUAUUACCCCGAGAACAUCAAGCCCAAACCCAAACUCCGAGAGUGCAACAUGGAGCUGUGCCUGGCCAGUGAUGGCUACAAGCAGAUUAUGCCAUAUGACCUCUACCACCCCCUGCCUCGGUGGGAGAGCAGCCCGUGGACCGCCUGCUCCACUUCCUGCGGCGGGGGCAUCCAGAGUCGCUCGGUGUCCUGCGUGGAGGAAGACAUGCAGGGGACCGUCACCGUGACAGACGAAUGGAAGUGCCUCUAUGCCCCCAAGACGGCCAUCUUCCAGCCCUGCAGCACCUUUGACUGCCCCACCUGGAUAGCCCAGGAGUGGUCACCUUGCACCGUCACAUGCGGUCAGGGUCUGCGCUACAGGGUGGUGCUGUGCAUUGAUCACAGGGGGCUCCAUGCGGGGGGAUGCAACCCUACAACCAAGCCCCACAUCAAGGAGGAGUGCCUGGUGACUGUACCCUGCUACAAAGCCAUUGACACGCUCCCAGUGGAGGCCAAACCGCCGUGGCAUAAGCAGGCCAUAGAGCUGGACGAGGAGAUCGUUGUAACCGAGGAGCCGAACUUCAUCCCCGGUCCUUGGCAGCCCUGCAGUAGAACGUGUGGUGCCGGGACUGAGCGGCGCACAGUCAAGUGCCGGGUGUUGCUCUCCUUCGCACAGACUGUCGCCGACCUCCCAGACAAUGAGUGCAAGGGCAUCAAACCUGCGGCGAGCCAAGUCUGCUACCGUACUCCCUGCCAGAAGCCAGUAGGCGACAAUGACCGAGACAUGGAGGAGGAGGACGAAGAGGAGGAGGAGGAGAGCCUCCAGAGAGAGGAGCUGCAUGAGUGGGAGUAUGAAGGGUUCACCGAGUGUUCCAAGAGUUGCGGGGGAGGUGUGCAGGAGGCUGUUGUAAUCUGCCUGAACAAGCAGACCAGGGAGGUGGCAGCAAACCAGAGUUUGUGCGUGAGCACCCGGAGGCCCCCACCACUUCUGCAGGACUGCAAAACGCAGCCUUGCCCCCCGAGGUGGCAAGUGGGAGAGUGGAGCCAUUGCUCUGCUUCGUGCGGUGUCGGCCUGAUGUCCCGCACCGUGACAUGCACUCGGCGGACGUCUCGGAACAACAACAGCACGGAGAUAUUGCCAAAUGAAAACUGUCACGACCCGAAACCAAACCCCAUCCAGGCCUGCAAUCGCUUCGACUGCCCUCCUGUGUGGGAGACACUGGAAUGGGGGAAGUGCUCCAGUCGUUGUGGCGACGGAGUUGAAAGGAGGCGGGUCUUGUGUAAACAGCGCUUGGCUGACAGCAGCAUCCUGGAGCUGCCGGAAACAUUUUGUCCCUCCAAGAUGCCAGUGAACCAGCGGUUGUGUAGCAGAGAGCGGCGGUGCCCACCACAGUGGGUCGCAAGCUGGUCCCAGUGUUCAGUGACCUGUGGGAAUGGUAUGCAGAGGCUUGAGGCACUCUGCAGGAAACAAGGGGAGGAUGGACGAUAUCAGACCUUAGAUCCAAGCAAUUGCUCCUCUCUGGCACGACCCACCAGGAUCCGACAGUGUUCUUUGAGGCUCUGCAAGAAUUCACUAAAGUCCAGCCCUACCAUCCUGGCUCAGAGGAAUGUGUAUAUUCAGUGGAGGAAGAGCAAAAAGGUCCAUUUGGUGGUAGGUGGCACUGCCUAUCUGCUCCCUUGGACAACUGUGAUCCUUCACUGUCCAACCCGCCACAUCCGAAAGGCAAAUAUCCGAUGGUUGAAAGAUGGGAAGCCUCUGGUGAGUCUCCCACACCUGUCCAUGCCACCACUGGGAUUUGUGACGAUCCAACAGGUUGGCGCGUCUGAUGCCGGGAGGUACACCUGCGUCGCAGGCCAAGCCGAGGAGCAUUUAGUCCUACAGAUCACUGGUGCCAAGCAGAAGUUGCACAGACCAGAGGCAGCAAGGGUACAGGAGCUCUCCGUCUUCCCGACCAGGCAUGACCACAUUGUCCAACGCUUGCUACAACUCAAGGCAGAAAAAAACAAGACUGCCUCGGAAGACAGGCGGGACAUUUUCGAUAUCCCGAAUAUUGUCAUUCUUGAUAGCCAGAGGCUGGAUGAGAUCGACAGCCUGAGAGGACAAGGCGAGCAAGUGAUUACUCAGUUACUCAGCGAGCUGUCCGUAUCCCACUAUGAAACCAAUGAGUCAACUCUUCAAAAUCCAGAAAUAGAUGUAGCCUCCACACAAGGGCCUCUUUUUCGUAAACCAAACACGAAAAGCUACUCAACUACGUCCAGAAGCCCAGUGAUCAUCCAGAGCCCCGGGAAAACUGCAACGGUGUUGUCCUCCGAUGUCACCUUUAAUAUAGGUGCGCUGGUUUUGCUGCGGAAGCCCUAUGCCAGUUUGGAAAUCAAGUGUGAGUCUCUCGGUUACCCAGAACCAUCCGUCACCUGGACCAAAAAUGGAAAACGGUUGCGCUACGAUAGCAGAAUAGACGUAUUGCCAGGUGGCUCGCUGAAGAUUCGGUCUCCGAACCAGGCGGAUGAGGGUCUGUACACCUGCACUGCCAGGAAUCAACUUGGGUCCUCGUCGCGCUCAUCUUGGCUGCAGAUUACAGGAAGCAGCGGAAGGAACUGCGUCCAAGCUGUUGGAGCCAGUGGCCCCGAUUGCCCUGAUCGGAGCAACGGCAGCAUCCAGUCAACUGUGCACAGUUGGCGCGCGGACCCGUGGGCACCGUGCUCGGCCAGCUGCGGCGGCGGCUCCCAGACCAGACGAGUGCGCUGCAUGGAGGCCGGAUCAAGCGAGGUGGAGCGCCACCGCUGCGCCGCUGCGGGGCGGAGACCCUCUGAUGCCAGGAUAUGUAACAUUCUUCCCUGCGCCAGUUGGGCCACGAGCACCUGGGGACUGUGUAACGGUCACUGUGUGGGUCCAAAUUUGGCCGCACAGCACCGCCAUGUUUUCUGCCGAGACACAAAUGGCACCAAGGUCCCUUCCGUGAUGUGCAGUGGACUCCGACGACCAAGCUCCGUGAGGAACUGCUCGGCGGAUGCCUGCGCCCCACAGUGGAGAGUCGGGCCGUGGACGCAGUGCACCGCCACCUGCGGCCGACAUGGCUUCCAGUCACGCCGCGUGGUCUGCGCACAGCGGCCCGGCAGACAGGCGCCGCGGGAGCACCGGUGCGUGCGGAGGCCUCGUCCACCCAGCUGGCAGCGCUGCAACACGGCGCCCUGCGGCAGAGCCGAGGAGUGUCGUGACAGCACCAGGUACUGUGAGAAGGUGCGACAGUUGGAGCUGUGCAUGUUGCCACAGUUUAAGAGUCGCUGCUGUCACUCCUGCCUCGACACCUGAUGGAUCGGGAACGUCGGACGGCAGGACCGUCGGCUUCGGGACCUCCUUGAGCCUGAGAAGCUCCCACUUAACAGAGGGAUGUAUCACACGAUGGACUUUUUCAUACUGUAUGUGAUGUGAUAACCACUGGAAAAGAUUUGAAAUACGUUUUCCAAAGCAUUUCGCGUCGGCCGAAGAAAAGAACCUCCAAUCUGAGAUUUUAAUUGACGAAUUGAAUAAGAUGGGAGUUUGAACUGAAUGUUGGGGGGCUGGGGUGGGGGGGGCGUUAUUCCUGCUGGGGUUGCACUUGUGACUGAAGAAAUCAGAAUGGAUGGAAAUAGGAAAAAAAAACAAAAAACAUUUUGCACUCAAACUCAACUGAAGUCUGAACAUGUUGAUUUUUUUUGUUACAUUUAAAUAUUUUGCUUGGUGAUUUUCAAAAGAUUUGUCGAGAUGUGUAUUUUAACCACUUUUUUAAAAAAAUGCUUUUGCACAGUUGUGACAUGUGCACACAUGUCGCCUUUUUAAUUCCUUAAACUAUAAUUCCUCCUUACGGCUCAUGUGUGACACAUUAGCGGGAAAGCCAGCACAAUGUUGGAAAACCGCGAGCUUGCAGCAUCAGUAUUGUGUUUUUUCCUGUAAUUUUUCACUUUUCUUUUUAGUAUAUAUUUUUCUUUCAUUAUUUAUUCACCAGAUGGGCACUUUUUGAUUCAAGUGCAACACGUUAAAGAACCAGGCUAUUACUUGGCUUUUAGUUGACGCUCAAUUGUUUGAUUUUAUGAGAAGAAACUGUCAUCAUAUCAUGUAUACGCUUCAAUUGUGUAGAUAUGUAUUUUUGCCUUAUUUAUUUCCAUGAGUCUCUGUGUGUAUAGUUUUGUAAAUAAAUAAACACAAGGUUGGGUUUUAAAUUUGAAUUCGCCUAUUGAUGAUUGUAUUUGAUGUACAUAUCGAGGGCGCCCUCUGCUGGUGACUUGAUCUGUCGAGCUUGUUAUAUCAUGGAAUAAAAUGAAGCACAUUCCUUUUA